UUUGAGGCAGUAUAUGUCCGCCGAAGCUAGAUGCUCUCUGGUUUCUACACACACAUUUUCCAUCUGCCAUCGGUAGCUGCAUCGGACUAUUAUGGAAGAUGACCACUACUAUUACCAAUUGAUCUCAUGGAACCACUCGAUACACCGACGAUAGGUACUGCUCAGCUCGAACGAUGGAAUAUGCAUCAACGAGAUCGCUCAAGGUGCUCAGGAGAUAGCAAACUCUCUGACAAUAUUAAGACAACGUGUACAACUGUGCAGCUUACCCGACAGAGAGAUAUGCAUCGUUAAAAGUCUGAAAUAGAAAUACUAGGAGUAAAUUAUGUGUUGGCAUCUCCAGUUAAAUUGUUUAACUGUUUGAUUCGUACAGUUUGCGUACGUGAUUCAAUUGGUGUAGUUUUAUAAUCAAUGGACCGAUGACAGCAGGACUAAAAGUGGACAACAACUAGGCAAAUCCCUGCGUAAUGGACGGUUAUGGCCAGUAUUUGACGAAUUAUAGGCAUCAUCAUGACAUCAUCAUGGAGGUAUUAAAUGCCUGUUCAAGGUACGAUCGCGAGAAGCUCCGGGCACCAGGGGUGUCCAAAUUCUAUUCGCGGUACGAAUGCAAGGGCGUUCGCUACAUCCAUCCCAAGAAGACUCAGGCACCAGGCGUGUUCCACUUCAACCAAGGUACGAUCGCGAGAAGCUCCGGGCACCAGGGGUGUCCAAAUUCUAUUCGCGGUACGAAUGCAAGGGCGUUCGCUACAUCCAUCCCAAGAAGACUCAGGCACCAGGCGUGUUCCACUUCAACCAAGGUACGGUCGCGAGAAACUCCGGGCACCAGAGGUGUCCGAAUUCUAUUCGCGGUACGAAUGCAAGGGCGUUCGCAACAUCCAUCCCAAGAAGACUCAGGCACCAGGCGUGUUCCACUUCAACCAAGGUACGGUCGCGAGAAACUCCGGGCACCAGGGGUAUCCGAAUUCUAUUCGCGGUACGAAUGCAAGGGCGUUCGCUCCAUCCAUCCCAAGAAGACUCAGGCACCAGACGUGUCCCACUUCAACCAACCAUCCAGCCAGCGACCAACAGCCGUCCCGGUCCUGUGGUUGGGUCCGGUAUAAAGGGCUUCCAGUCUGUGCGAUCAGAGUAAUACGCAGCACUCUUGAAUAUGCGGCACCGGUUGGGACCCCAUAUCAGCUGACAUACAUUCUCUCUAUCGAACAAGUCAGAGGAAGUUUAUAAAGUUUGCACUGCGGGAACUACCAUGGAGGGACCCAACCAAUCUACUCCAUUAUCAGGAUAGAUGUCAGCUAAUUAAUCUUUAGGCGCUUCGUACAAGACGGGUCAAUCAACAACGAAUAUAUAUCUUCGACCUGCUUAACGAUAUCAUUGAUUGUCCAGAGCUUCUCCAACAGAUCCCAAUUAACGUUCCUACACGACGACUUCGCCAUUCACCGUCCUUAACCCUUUUACACCACAGAACUAAACUAUGGCUUUUACAAUUCAUUCGAUUCAUGUUCGCGUUCGUUCAAUGAUGUGGCUGAUGUGUUUGAUUUUAAUAUGUCGAAAACCAUGUUUGUAAAUAGAAUUAUGGAAUUAGAUUCGAUUUUAA